AUGGCCGGAAUACCCCCCCACACACCAGGUGUUUCCCUGCAGCCUGACCAGCGUGAGGCAUUGGCAACACCUGCUGCCCCACUCACACCAGAUCGCUUACCAAUUCGGCGCCGUUACAAGCACCCGCUGGCCCGCGCGCGCGCUCCAUCCCCACGCCGCUAUCACUCCGCUGACUCAAAAACAACCCAGGACUCCAAAACACCGCCGCACAGUCUUUCUGGACCUGUUGAUCGCUCGAGGUGCAAGAUGAUACAGGAGCCAUAUCUCCAGCGACCUCAAACAUCAGAUCCUGCGACCACUAACAUCGACGGAAAUCAGCUAAACGGCAUGGGCGGGCGCGAGGGGCAGGGGCGUGGAGCAGAGGGCCAGGGGCAGGGGCAAGGGGGCGAGGAGCAAGGGGCAGGAGCAAGGGGCAGGGGCGAGGAGCAGGGGCGGCAUGGGCGGAGCAAGGGGCGAGGGGCAUGGGGCAUGAACGAGGGGGCAAGGGCGGCCGAAGUGGGCGGCAGUGCAACAUAG